AUGACAGACUUCAUUCUAUGCUUUUAUGAAGGCUUAAGUCCAACUGAUAGGUCAUGGGCAGAUGCAGCAAACGGAGGAUCUUUCUUAGACAGGUCACCAGAAGAUGGGAUAGAUCUAAUAGAACGGAAGGCAGUAGAUAAUCAACAAUAUGGAAUAAAAGAAAAUUCAAUCAAGAAAUCAAUUGUAGAUUUGACUCAGAGGGUGGAAAAGUUAGAGGCUAAGGAGUUAAAUAAGCUGCCUGCACAAACAGUGAUCAACCCGCAAAAUGUAAGUGUUAUUACUUUAAGAACAGGUAAGCAAGUACAAGGCCUUGAAGGAGUCCAAGAGGAUGAAGAUAAGAAGAAAGAAGAAGAACAAGUUGAUGACAAUGGAGGACCAAAUGAACCAUCACCUGAGACUACCACUGAAAAAUCUAGGUUAGUACCUUCUAACUCUUCUUCUAAAAAUUCUUCUUCAUCUUAUUCUCCACCUCCUCCAUAUCCCAAUCGGUUGAAGCCUAGAAACAAAAAAAUGGAGGAGUUAGACCAAGUGAUCUUGAAUACUUUCAAAAAGGUGGAGAUCAACAUUCCCUUACUAGACGUUGUUAAGCAAAUCCCUAAAUACGCCAAGUUUUUGAAAGAAAUUUGCACAAAUAGAAGGCGGUUUAGGGAUAAUGAGGUUGUGAAUUUGGGAAGAAAUGUGUCAAGCUUGAUUAAGAAACAUAUUGAAAUACCACGAAAAUGCAAGGAUCCAUGUAUGUUUUCUAUUCCUUGUGUUAUUUGGAAUUCAAAGUUUGACAAUGCCAUGCUAGAUUUAGGGGCUUCGAUUAAUGUAAUGCCUUUAUCAGUGUUUACUUCUCUAUCUUUGGGACCUCUUAAGACUACUGGUGUGGUCAUUCAACUUGCCAACCGUAGCACAGUUAACCCUGCAGGUGUGCUUGAGGACGUGCUUGUCCAAGUAGACAAGUUAAUUUUUCCUGCAAAUUUAACAAUAUGCAUAGUUUAA